CCUCAAAAACCCUAGCAGAGAGAGAGAGUCGUCCCAUAUAUAGCACCGCAUUCUUCAGCGCGACCAGAGGGAGAGAGAUCCAGAGAGAGCUCAACAAUGUCGAAGCGAGGUCGCGGUGGAUCCGCGGGGAACAAGUUUCGGAUGUCUCUGGGUCUGCCGGUGGCGGCUACGGUGAACUGCGCCGACAACACCGGAGCCAAGAACCUCUACAUCAUCUCCGUCAAGGGAAUCAAGGGCCGCCUCAACCGGCUGCCGUCUGCCUGCGUCGGCGACAUGGUCAUGGCCACCGUGAAGAAGGGAAAACCCGAUCUCAGGAAGAAGGUUAUGCCCGCAGUCAUCGUGCGCCAGAGGAAGCCCUGGCGCCGAAAGGACGGAGUCUACAUGUACUUUGAAGAUAAUGCUGGUGUCAUCGUGAAUCCCAAGGGAGAAAUGAAAGGAUCUGCCAUCACUGGCCCAAUUGGAAAAGAGUGUGCUGAUCUCUGGCCUAGAAUUGCAAGCGCCGCCAAUGCUAUUGUCUAAGAGUCUGAAUCCCAAAUGAUAAGAGUAUCUUUGCUUUGUUGGACUUUUUAGAUUUUCUAGUUUAGUAGCAUGUUGAGAAUUUUGGAUAUUGUUGUUUGAGUAUGGCCAUUUGGGAAGUAUUAUUUGGUUUUUGAAAUCCUUGUCUAGGACACACUGUUGAUCAUAUAAUGAUGUUUUGUUUUUUAAAACAGUUAAGCCAUCGCUUGAGAUCCGUAUCUGGUUGUCUCUGUUACUAUCAUUUUCCUAUGUAAACUCUUGUUUCUUUGUGCUGGUUAAGAGGCUAACCAGCAAACAGUGCCCAUGAAUAUGGUUAAAACAAAUGCAAUUGAAAAUGCAGAAAUUGGGUUAUGCGAA